AUGCUUCUGCGUCAGAUCCAUUUGAUUCUUGUGUUCAUACUCCUGGAUCCGGUCAACAUUUUCCGGCUAUGGUGGCUGAAGGGAAAUCCUCUGCUCAUGGACCCUAACAGUAUCUGUAGGAAGACAAGGCGUCUGGGGCUGAGGCAGGCAGAGCUGUGUCAGUCCCAGCCUGAAAUCGUGCAUGAGGUGGCCAAAGGAGCCAGGCUGGCCAUACGAGAGUGUCAGCACCAGCUCCGCCUCCACCACUGGAACUGUACCAGCCAGAGAAAGAGUCUGGGCAAGAUCUUACAGCAAGAUAUCCGUGAGACCGCCUUUGUCAACGCCAUCACUGCUGCGGGAGUGGUCCAUGCGGUUACACAGGCCUGCAGCCAGGGGGAGCUGUUGCAGUGCGGCUGCGUGACCGCCCACGGGUCCCCCGCGGACGCCUUGGCGCUCGAGAGGCACGGCCAGGUCCCGAAGACCCAGGACGGACGCUGGGAGUGGGGCGGCUGCGGGGACGACGUGGACUUCGGCUACGAGAAGUCGCGACAGUUCGUGGAUUCCAGGAGGAGGAGGGGCAAGAGCGACAUCAGAACCCUGAUUGACCUUCACAACAACGAAGCAGGGAGACUGGUGGUAAAAAACAACAUGCGGAUGGAGUGUAAGUGCCACGGUCUCUCCGGUUCCUGCAGUCUGAGGAGCUGCUGGAGGAAGAUGCCGCUGUUCCGGGAAGUCGGUAACCACCUCAUGCAGAGCUUCCGCACGGCCGUCCGCGUGAUGGGGGGAAACGACGGCAAAUCCCUCAUUCCGGUAGGCGACGACAUCACCCCUCUGGACGCUAGCAGCCUCAUCUACUCUGCCGAGUCACCUGACUUCUGCCUGGCCAACCGCAGGGCAGGCUCGGACGGGACGAGAGGUCGUUUGUGCAGCAGUUCAGAGACGGGCCCGGGCAGCUGUCAGUCACUGUGCUGUGGGCGGGGUCAUGCAGACCAAACGUUGGAGUAUGAGGAUAACUGUACAUGCCAGUUUCACUGGUGUUGUGUAGUGCAAUGCCAAAGAUGCACAGUGAAAAAAAAUGUCAGCAUUUGUCUUUAG